CUCACUUUGUCCCCUCACAGCACCGGAGACAAGAGCCGGGAAGAGAUAAGAAAACCCUGAGCCAGAAGUCAUGGCAGCCAAACCCAAGCUCUACUACUUUCGUGGCAGGGGCAGGAUGGAGUCGAUCCGCUGGCUGCUGGCUGCAGCUGGAGUGGAGUUUGAAGAAGAAUUUCUUGAAACAAGAGAACAGUAUGAGAAGUUACAGAAGGAUGGACGCCUGCUGUUUGGUCAGGUGCCUCUGGUUGAAAUUGAUGGAAUGACGCUGACACAGACUAGAGCCAUCCUCGGCUACCUUGCUGCCAAGUACAACUUGUAUGGGAAGGACCUGAAGGAGACCGUCAGGAUCAACAUGUACACGGAUGGCACUCAGGACCUCAUGACGAUGAUCAUGCUGGCUGCGUUCAAACCGCCAGAGGAAAAAGAGGAGAACAUUGCUUUAAUCGUGACGAAAGCUAAAACUCGUUACUUCCCCGUCUUUGAAAAGAUUUUGAAAGAGCAUGGAGAGGAUUUUCUCGUUGGCAAUAAAUUCAGUUGGGCAGACAUACAAUUGUUAGAAGCUAUUUUAAUGGUGGAAGAACUCAAUGCUUCUGUUCUUUCUGACUUCCCUCUGCUAAAGGCAUUUAAAACAAGAAUCAGCAACAUCCCUACAAUUAAGAAGUUCCUGCAGCCUGGCAGUCAGAGGAAGCCACCGCCGGACAGCCACUAUGUGAAAGUAGUCAGGAAUACCCUGCAGUUCUGAUGGCAGCGGGUCUUCACGAUGGCCGACAGUCACCAUCCACUCGCAGCACCAGCCGGUGCCGAUCAAGGCUAACUGUAGGGGUAAAGUGUCUGAAAACCACAAAACCGUGCUGCCAUCCACAGCAAAUGCACAUUAAAUGCAAUAUGAACC